AUGACCAACUACAUUCAAACUGAUGUCUUUAUCGCUGGUGGCGAUCCUGUCGGACUUCUCAUUGCCUAUUGUUUGGCUAGACAAGCUAGACAAGGCGUUGAUUCUGUUCUAGUUGAGCAAUAUGUCAAGAAAGAACAAGCCAUGUAUGGCCGAGCUACCACCCUUUACCCUCGAACCCUCGAACUUCUGGAUCAACUUGACUUGCUUGAGGAUUUGAACCAGAUUGGUUACAUUGGCCGUAACAGCGUGACCUACAAGGAUGGGAAGCGCGUUACAUCCCGUGGGUGGCAUGUUAUGUUUGAGCGUAUGCACGGCACUUUCCUAGACUAUUGCCUUAAUCUUCGUCAGAAGUAUUUGGAGGAGGUGAUUCAGGGGGCGUACGAAAAGCUCGGAGGUCAGGCGUUCGCAGGCUGGAAGCUGGAGAGCUACUCGGUUGACAAUGCGAGUGGCGAUGACUAUAAAGUGACCUCGCAUGUUCGUGAGAUUCAGACUGAUAGGCUGUUGACUGUGAAAGGUAAAUACAUAGUCGGUGCAGACGGUGGUCGCUCCCUUGUUCGACGUACGGCUGAUAUUCCCUUCAACGGCGAUCAUACCAAAUUCAAGUGGGUCCAGCUUGACCAUGGUGUGAAGCGCAUUGGCUUUGCCAUGACUGAUGCGAUGAUUGCCAAGUAUGGGGGUAAGCUUACAGAGGAGCAGGCGAAGGAAGAAGCCAUUCUCUCCAUGCAUCCUUUCACUCUAGAAUUCGAGUCCGUCGAUUGGUGGACCCUCUACAGUAUCAACCAACGUGUAGCUGACACCUUCUUCGCCAACAAUCGCGUCUUGCUUGCAGGCGAUGCUUGCCACACACACUCCUCAGGGGCUGCACAAGGCAUGAACACACGCGUCCAUGAUGCGGUGAAUCUCGCUUGGAAGCUAGGUGGAAUGAUGAAAGGCUGGUAUAAGGCGGCUGUCCUGCAGACCUAUGACAGUGAGCGCCGCCCCCUGGCUAUGCGCCUGAUCGAGCUUGACAAGGCAUUCUCGGCCACUAUCUCUGGCCAGGUCCCGGACAGCCACAAAGACGCUUAUGCCGAUUCCAAUGAGCUUUUCACAAAACUAUUCAACGAGACAAUCCAGUUCAAUGUUGGACUCGGCAUCAACUACCCAGAAAAUAUCAUCAACAAAGCCCUUCCAACUGGAAUGGUCUCGGCAGGCUGGAGAGCACCAGACGCGUUGGUUUACGGCCUUGGUUCUCGCGUUCCAACCCGUCUCUUCCACCGGACGAAGAACGUUGGCCAAUGGUCAAUCAUUGUUUUCGCGGGACAGCCUGCCCUGACUCGUGAGAUUUUCGCACCUGCCGUUAAGAAGCUGAAGGAAAUUGCGGAUACGCUUCCUAGUGGCAUGGCCCGCUUCCUCACCUUAGUGGCUCAGAGUGCAGCCGAGGGAGACCAGAUGUUCGAUACUCCCAAGAUUGGCAACGUGUACUAUGACCAAGAUCGAUCGGCACAUACUGCGUACACCAUCUCAACAAGGAGUGGCGCUGUAGCUGUUCUACCGCCUGAUGGAAUUCUAGGGCAUGCAGUUUUCUUGGAUGAGAUCGACAGCCUCGUCGACUUUUUCAAGGGAUUUACCUAG